AUGAGGUCGGGGGAGGCGGGGGAGGGAUCAGAGCUGGCGGAGUUUGGCGCGCGCUGGCCCCCGCCCUAUAACCAGGGCUACGGCUGGACACGCUCCGCCACGCCUCAGCAUCCACCCGCGCAUCAUCUUGCCAGACACUCCAGAUCACAUCAGGACAACCGGCAUACGAGUUAUGAGGCAGAGGACGCACGGGGUCGCGCCCGUGGCGGCGUAUACUAUUCGCCACCGGGUACCUCGUACACAAUCGUCGAGCGGCCGGCAUCUUCGCAUGGUCAUCACUCGUCUUACUCCCACCAUUAUGCAGGCAAGCUCUCCCGCGCUCCGUAUCUCGGCUCUACUACUAUUGCCAAUAGUGCAGCUGGCGCAACAAGCUUGAGGAAUAGCACGAAUCACCUAAGCGUUGCAAACGGCAAGAAGCGUCCUAUAUCACCAGAGCAGGUACUUCGGUUGUUUGGGCAGGGAGGUGCCGCGGCGCUGGGCAAGGCUUUGCCUCCCUCGCAUUCACACGUCGCGCCACCCCUCCCUGCUCCCUUACCUGCACGGAGGCUCUCGCCCGCGAGUAGUCCCAGCAGCACCACACAUCAUGCGAUAUACAGAGGCGGGGAGCGUGAACGGGAGCGGCCGUACUCGUCGGGCGGGGCGCCGCCGCCGCCGUCGGAACCUGCGACGAGGACGGUUACCAUGAGCCGAGAUCCUGCAGAUUCACAUGGCUUCGGCAUCUGUGUUAAAGGAGGAAAAGAAGCCGGUGUAGGUGUGUACAUAUCGAGAGUGGAAGAAGGAUCGGUUGCGGAGCGAGCGGGCUUGCGUCCUGGGGACUCCAUUCUGCAGGUCAACGGCACCCCCUUCUCUGGGAUCUCUCACGAAGAUGCCCUUAAGAUGCUGAAAUCGUGUCGUCAGCUGACAAUGACUGUGCGGACAGCAGGUGCGUUAGUGGGUCGCGCGUCAUGUUCGUGGAUGGAUCGGUACGGGCGGCCGGCGUCACCGCCGCCACUCCGACCCCCUCGAUCCUCCAGUAAAGACCGCUCCAUACGAAGGGUCGAUCUUUGUAUAGAGCCGGGACAGUCAUUAGGACUAAUGAUAAGAGGUGGUCUGGAAUACAAUCUCGGUAUCUAUAUCACAGGGGUCGAUAAGGAUUCUGUAGCAGAUAGAGCUGGACUUAUGGUUGGGGAUCAAAUCCUAGAGGUGAAUGCUCAGUCAUUUGUGGACGUGACACAUGAUGAGGCGGUUGCACAGCUCAAAUACCACAAACGAAUGUCGUUGCUAGUACGGGAUGUAGGGAAGGUUCCACAUGCCUGCACAGCGUAUGGGGAACGGGACGCAGCACCAAGAAUAAGCGGGUGGGGCAGGCGGCGAGGAGCGGCAGCAGUAGCAGUGGAACAGAAGGCGCGGUCGCUAUUACCCCAGUGCGACCUGCCGGCCAUCGCCUAUUACAUGGAGGAGUAUGCUGCCAGGCGACUCACGCCUGACUCCUUCCUCACUGUUGUCAGGGAUCUGCUCGAUACGCCGCAGAAGUACACGCUGCUUACGGAAAUAAGAGAGUUUAUGUUACCGGAGGACAGGGCGAGGUUCGACGAGCUUGUAUAUAGACGAGGAGAGGAACCGACAGUUGAGCAUCAUGCAAACAAGCGAGGCGCUGAACGUCACAUGCUACCUUCUUCAACGAUGCAUGAGUUGCACGACCCGGAGGUACCAGCGGAUGCACCCCUCGUAGCCGACCACCGCUCGCCUUCCGAAGAUUCCGGCCUGGGCCUGCCACCGCAUGACCAUGCUUUGUACAGGAGCGGGCGGCAGUGGCGGGCGCCCACCGACGCGCCGCCGCCGGAUGACGACCUGGAGCCACCGCACGAGGUGAUUUUGCCAGAAUUACCUUCUACACUUAUCAAUCUAUUAUCGACCACAUUCACUUCUCUAACGCCUUGUCUAUAG